CUGCCCCCUCCUUACUGCGCCAGUGAGGUCCCGGGGGUUGAAGGUCCAAGGGUUUGGGGGCCCGAGCGGUUGGUGGCUCCGCGGUCCGGUGGCUACGAGGUCCUAGCAGCGGGGCGAGCAGAGCCGUAGCGGUCGCGGCACCCAGCGACGCGGCAAGGCAGCCCUCGGCGCCCCCCCCCCCCCCGCCCGCCCCGGCCCGGCCCAGCCAGCCCCACCAUGAAAGCCAUCAGCCCGGUGCGGUCCGUGAGGAGCUGCUACGAGGCCGUGUGCUGCCUCUCGGACCAGAGCCUGGCCAUCGCCCGGGGCAGCAGCAACAAGAGCCCGGCGCUGGAGGAGCCCAUGAACCUGCUCUACGACAUGAACGACUGCUACUCCAAGCUGCGGGAGCUGGUGCCGGGCAUCCCGCAGGGCACCAAGAUGAGCCAGGUGGAGAUCCUCCAGCACGUCAUCGACUACAUCUUCGACCUGCAGAUCGUGCUGGAGGAAGAGGCCAAGGGCCGCGACCCUUCCUCCGAGGCCACCCUGCUGUCCCUCAAGGCAGCCGAGCUCGCCUCUGAACUCUGCUCCAAAGACGAGAGAAGUUUGUGUCACUAACGCCUCCUCCACCAGCAAACACGCAGCGAGUGUCGGUUCCUGAUUCGUUAUCAGCCGGAGGUAAAUAGCAGCUUCCUCUGCGGCGCCAGCCUGUCUGCGGACCUGCCUCUGAUGUGCCGGCGGAGUGACAGGGCCCUUUCUCUGUCCCCGUGUCCCCCCCCCCCCCCCCCCCGCCGCCCGGGCGCCCGCAG